AUCCAUGCGAAAAUGCUAGUAAGUAGAGAAACAAAUAACAAACAAACGAGAUUUGCAACAUUUUUGAGUUUGAAACCUUAGCCAAUUUUAGUCAACUUACUGCGUCGUCGAAUUUGGCAUGAGGCAUUGCAGGUUGUGGUUUUUAGUUGAGUGAGUGACAGAAAAUCUUGGUUGGCUCCUCGUCGGCCACGAAAUUCAAGCCAAUCUCCCCCGUGGAAAUUAUAAUUAGAGUUCAAAUAUUUAUUUUGCACAUAUUUAUUUCAUAAAGUCUGUUUGUCCUCAACACAAAAAUGGGUGUGUCACUGAUGAACAGUCUCCGCGUUUUCUUGACCCAGAGUUCUCAAAAAAUUGGUGUUGUCAGCAGUGCGGGUGUGAUAAGCUUGCUGGGUCAUCAGUAUCAAGGUGCUACUAUAAGUCCUGUGGGGAUUUAUCACGUCCCGAGACGUACUGUCACGAGGUUGGCUGAGGUAGGAAAAUUGGAGAUACCUCGACUGGAUGCUAGCUAUGAUGUAGGGCAAAUUUUUCUGCAUCGGGUUUUCGGCUACCGUGGAGUCAUAUUGUUCCCGUGGGUGGCGAAAGUGUACGACCGUGAUCAAGCCAUAUCGACAAAGGCCAAGGACAAAAGUGUUGAAGGUGGUCAAGAAAUGGACGAGCCGACCGUGUUUAGUCAUAUCGGUAGAGAAGUGAAAUCUAAAUCGCAAAACUACUACCAGGUCCUUAUAGACUCUCGAGAUUGUCCCUAUAUUCGUGCACAGACGGAAGCGGUAACGUUUCUGGGUAAUCAGGAGAAUAGCCGAAGUUUGUACGCUAUUCCUGGGUUGGAUUAUGUUUCUCAUGAUGACAUAAUUCCCUAUGCAUCAACCGAAAAGAAUCCAAUGAAUCACGAAUUAUUUGAUAAGUUUCUGCAGUAUAAUCCGGAAGGAGAUCCGCCUUACUGGAAACCAAGAGAGACUUUGAAAGCCUGGCAAGAAAAGAAUCAUCCGUGGCUGGAACUCUCGGAUGUUCACAAAGAGACUACGGAGAACGUCAGGGUCACUGUCGUACCAUUUUAUAUGGGUUGCCGAGAGUCUCAUAACAACAAUGUGUACUGGUGGAGGUAUUGCAUUCGAGUGGAGAAUGUAGGAGAACUCAAUACACAGCUUAGAGAACGACAUUGGCGAAUUUUUAGCUUAUCAGGAACUUUAGAAACGGUUCGUGGAAGAGGGGUGGUUGGACAAGAACCAAUUCUCACUAAAGCUAGUCCAGCAUUUCAAUAUUCUUCCCAUGUGUCCCUGCAAGCGCCUUCUGGACACAUGUGGGGUACCUUCCGAAUGGAGAGAGAGGACGGAUGUACUUUUGACUGUCGGAUUCCACCAUUUUCAUUAGAAUCCAAAGGUGCUGAUGAAGGGAAGGUUGAUUAAGUUAUUACGAAGUUAUUACAAACAGAACACUAGCAGCUCACUUUUAAACGUGCAUAAUUAAUAUAGAAUUGUGUCAUCGAUAAAAUUUCCAUGACUCUAAAUCUCUUCGAUUAUCAGUAAUUUUUGUAUGUAGCUCAGUCCAGCGAAUUUUCUAUUUUGCAAAUGUCUAUGGUGUGGUUAGCUUUUAGUACAAUUGGACGACUGACAACGAGAAAAUUUUAAUUUUAUAAUGAUAAAGUAUUUCGCCUGAAAUUCUAUCACGAUACUACAUUAUAUAAAUCUUUGUGCACAACCUAAACUAUGUAUAAUAACAUAAUGAGGUUUGGAUAUAUUAAGUCAAUGUAAUUGUAAUCAUAAAUUGGAACAAAAUUUGUUUGAUUCGGUUAAGUUGUUGCUUUGGUUUACUUGUUAAUUAGAGAUCUCAAAUUGUUAUCCCUUUUAUGCUGCUGGUGCUAAGCUUAAAAGUAUUAAUUUUGUUUAUGCUUAAAUAUUAGAAUCCACAUGAUUUACUCUCCCAAUUGAUUUUUUCAUAUCUGGUGCUGUGUUUUGUUAAUUUUCUAAAUUCCCCAUAAAAUUUGAAAUCUUAGUAUUAAAUGCGGUGUCUUCUUAUAUUACUUGCUAGCAAGUACAUUUUACUAUACAUAUUCAAGUCGUCAUUAGGCAUUAUCUGAGAUUAUCGCAACCCUAAUAAUAAAGAUCCUAACGACA